UUUCAGAAGAAUGGAGGAAAUUCUACGUCAGUUUCUAUCAUCCUCAAAUCAUUCACUCAAAGAUUCACCAUUUCCAAUGAUUCCUUUGUCUUUUGAUACUUCAAUUAUGAGCCCAACAGAAUGUCAACAGCCAAAACCACAACAUUCAUAUAUUGGACUUAUUGCAAUGGCAAUUCUUUCAUCACCACAAAAGAAAAUGGUUCUAGCAGAGGUAUACGAGUGGAUAAUGAAUGAAUAUCCGUACUUCAGAAGUCGUGGAGCUGGCUGGAGGAAUUCAAUCAGACACAAUUUAUCAUUGAAUGAUUGUUUUGUAAAAGCCGGUAGAGCUGCAAAUGGGAAGGGUCAUUACUGGGCAGUCCAUCCUGCAUGUGUCAAAGAUUUCGAACGUGGAGACUUCAGACGUCGUCGUGCACAACGAAAAGUUCGCCGUCAUAUGGGGCUGCAGGUUGAGGACGGAGAUUCAUCAGAUGAGGAAGGUUCACCAGGUUCUGAUCCAUCACCUCCCAUCUUUCCAACAGCUUUAUGGAAUUUCAAUUGUGCUCCGAGAGCUCCGAUCAAAUCGUUCACUAUUGAAGCAAUCCUGGAGCAUCACUAGAAAGAAUUCCACGUGGAUCUCCUAAAACUUGAAGCUCAAUUGUUAAAUUAAUUGUUUCUUCCGUUUCCUGUUACCCUCCAAUUAACUAUUCUCCCCCUGUCUCUCCAAUUCCUACGGGCCCUUCUGUUCUCUUUCUCCCAUGCAGCCAAUUUCCAAAUUUCCUGUUUUCUGAAGUGCAAGCAUCUGCACACAGAUUUUCCCUGUUCAUUAUUUCAAUAAUUUAUCCACUAACAUAACAACUUGACGGGAAUAAACAUUGAAAGUUAAA